AUGGAUGGGAUUCGACAGAAAAUGGCUCAACUCCGGACGGAGGCGGAUGAGUCUGCCAGUCAGGUCGAAGAGCUCAAGCUGAAAGUCAAGCAUCUGGAACAGGAGAAUCUCUCCAAGGAACAAGAAAUUACAUCCCUCCAGCACAGAAACCAGACUCUUGAGGCCGAAGUUGAGAAGUUGGAAGGCGGCAUCAAGGACCACAAAGAAAUUGCCUCGAAGAGUGCUCAGGCAGACAAUCAAGCCGAGAGUCUGACAAGGAAAGUGCAGCUACUUGAGGAGGAAGCCGAGGAGUCAGACAAAAACUUGAGAGAAUUGAACGAGAAGCUCCGCCAAACUGACGUCAAGUCAGGCCACUUUGAACGAAAGGUGCAAGCUCUGGAGCAAGAGCGAGAUCAGUGGGAGGCCAAGUUUGAGGAGAUGUCUAAGAAAUACAACGACACCAAGAAGGAGCUCAACGACUUCCUUGCCGAGAUUGGUACCAUCUAA